AUGAGCUCCACCGGCACCGCAACCCCGAAGGGGCCCUUCCGGCUCGUCACCGUCAACACGGCGCCCGAGCGCGCCAAGCGCCUCAUCGGCCGGAUGGUGGAGGACCUGAAGGACCGGUACACGAUAGAAUACGUCGCCAACUGCGAGACGCUGGAGCAAGUCGAGCCUACCGUCCGGGAACUGCGACCCGAUGUCCUGUUCUGCGCAUCCAUGUGGACUGCCGAGCAGAGCUCCAAGGUCUUUGAGCUGGCGCGGUCCAUCGUGCCGGGCAUCAAGACGCAUGCCAUCCCGCACGGCCUGCAGGUUGAGCGCGGUCCCGAUGCCGUCGUAGAGCACCUGAACGAGCAGGUCCCCCGUCUGUUGGAUGGGGAGUAG